AUGAUCGACGAGUUUUCGAAUGAAGCCGGCGUUUCAAUGGAUGAGGUGUCUCCGUAUGAUGGCCAACAGUGUCCGAUUUGUUUAAAGAGGUUCGUGUCAUCGAAGGGCCUCGUUCAGCAUUCAAUAAUUCAUACUGAUCGCAAACCGUACGCUUGCGAAGUCUGUGGAAAGCCUUUUCGGUUCAAGUCGAACUUGUUCGAGCAUCGCAGCAUUCACUCGGGCGAAAAGCCAUUUGCUUGUCCAUUCUGUGGUAAGGAGUGCAGGCUGAAAGGAAAUCUGAAGAAGCACUUAAAGACCCAUGUGAAAGAAGAGGAAGAAAUCGAUCGUGCGUACGAAACAGCCACCGGAAGUUCAAGUCUUCGUGCUGUGAUGUGCUUGAAAAACGAAGAAUAUGGGGAUGAAGUUUCCGGGGCAGACAGCUCGUAUUCGCCUUAUCUGUCCAACGGCAGACAGAGGCGAAGAAUAGUUAAUUCUCGAAAGAUCACCAAGGCACCCAGUGUUGCACUGGUUGUGACCGUUGGUCAGGAUGACCAGGAACCUGAAGAACUGUAUGCAGAGGCACCUUCCCUAUACCUCUCUCUCGGCGAAAUGCUGGGGAAGGAAUAUUCGAUGGCUGAGUUUUGCAAGGCGGCACGAUCGAUUCCCUUUGAGAUGUAUCGGUGUCGUUUAUGCCACGUAUCGUUGAAGAGCCGUUUUGAAAUGAAGGAACACUGCGAGGUGGUGCACAACAUGAGCAAGCAUUCGAUAAAUGGUGAAGAUACCGACGAGGUUGUUUGGUGCGACGUCUGCCUUGCACCUUUUGAUGACCGCCAGUCCUUCGAUCGUCACUGGUCGUUUCAUACACGCGUUCGUAAUAUGAUUGCUUGUCAGGAGAUUACUUUGGGCGAACCUGGUGCUUCAUCUUUUUAA